AUGCCUCGGAUAUUGGAUGGAAAUAAUGGUAUAAGAACUAGGAAACGUUUAAAGGACAAUGAUUUAAAUUUAGGUACUUGGAAUAUAAGAACAAUGUUACAAUCUGGAAAAAUGCAAGAAGUAGCAUAUGAAAUGUUGCGAUAUAAAAUAGAUAUAUUAGCUAUACAAGAAACCAGAUGGAAAGGAUAUGGAAAAAUUAAUAAACAGGAAUAUAUAGUAUACUAUAGUGGUGACGAGAAUAGAAGAGGAAUGUACGGUACAGGGUUUAUCAUAAACAAAAAAUUAAGAAAUAACAUAUUAGGAUUUACACCCGUUGAUAGCAGGCUGUGCACGUUGAGACUUAAAGGGAAAUUCUGCAAUAUUACAGUUAUAUGUGCGUAUGCACCAACAGAAGAUUCCGAAGAACAAGAAAAAGAUAUUUUUUAUGAUAACCUAAGUACAUUGUGUGAAAAGGCAGGAUCGUAUGACACUCUUAUACUCUUGGGCGAUUUUAAUGCGAAAGUUGGAAAGGAAAAAUUUGUGCUGGAAGUUGCUGGGAAACAUUCUUUACAUGACAACACGAGCGCGAAUGGUUUGCGCCUGUGUCAAUUAGCCAGUGAAGCUGCAUUAAAAGUCAAAAGUACUUGUUUCGAGAGAAAGGAUAUAUAUGAGGGAACAUGGAGGGUUCCGGGUUCACAGGUAGUUAAUCAAAUUGAUCACGUAUUGAUCUCCUCGAGAAGAGCUUCCUCCAUAUUGAACGUUAGAUCAUGUAGAGGAGCAAACUGUGACAGCGAUCACUUUCUUGUGAAACUGGUUCUUAGACAAAGAAUUGCUAAUGUUGCCAAAGAAAGAGGCAUUAAGAGAAUCAAAUGGGACACCGAAAAAUUAAAAACCCCCGAAAUUCGAGAACGGUUUCAAUCCCGGGUGAACGAGAUACUUAAUGCCAAUAACAACGCUCAAGAAAAUGAAUCAGUAAAUGAAGAGUGGAAACGAAUUGAAAAUACCCUUAACACAGCUGCUAACGAAGUAGUAGGAAGGAAGCCGAUCGAACGAAACAUAGAUUGGUUUGAUAACGAAUGCAAACAAGUAGAAAAAAUUCAAGAAGCGCACUUAGAAGGCAACACUAGGGAAGUUUAUAGAAGAACCAAGUACCAGACUAAAGGUUACCAAGCGAAACUUAAUGUCUGCAAAGACUCAGAAGGUAAUCUUAUAGUUGAAGAAAGCAAAGUUAUGGAUAGAUGGGUUGAGUAUUUCCAGAAAACACUUAAGGAAGGUUACAGUGCAGAUGAAGAAAACGUAUACGAUAAUGUACCUCUGGACCCAGUUAUAGACAUGCCAACGAUUGACUAG